GUGCUGUGCUCGCGGACUCUCAUUCCAUCGCUCAACGCAGCAGAAUGUCCGUACCUGAAAACAACAUUGACGUUGAACCUCUUCCUGAAAUGGCAUCAGAUGAAUUCCAAGAGAAGUGCCUGGCUCCCGCACAGACCGGACUCUGCAAAGCCUCCAUUAGACGCUAUUACUACAACAAUGGCACCUGUCAACUAUUCAUCUAUGGAGGUUGUGGUGGCAACCAGAACAAUUAUAAGACUGAGGAAUCAUGCAUGACAACCUGCACAGUAAGGGUCAUUCCCAGCAACAAGAAUGAACCUGUCGUUCCCACUUCUCCUUACAGCAUCCGCAGCUUUGAAGAAACAUGUGCCAUGCCAUCCGACUCUGGCCCGUGCCGUGCAGCCUUCCCAGUGUUUUACUUUGAGCCCAACACUCAGUCUUGUAAGCCCUUCAUCUAUGGAGGCUGCCAGGGAAACCUAAACCGCUACAGCAGUGAGGAAGAGUGCAUGGCAGCUUGCUCCGGGAAAGAUGGUUACAAAUGUAACCGCUGGACUCCAGCCUUCUUCCUAGUGGCCACCCUGGCCAUCAUGUCUGCCCUACUUCUGGUAGGUUUGAUCCUGAUCGCAAUGCGCAGAAACGCCCACAGCAGGUCCUUCAUUCUGGAUGAUAAGGAGGAGUUACUGCCUGCAGAGGAGCAGGUGUCCUAUGAGAAGCAGCUGCCCAAAGUAGAAUCAAGCUAAAGCCAGAGGCCUUUCAGUGUCUGGUAUGAACAUCCAUCUCAUGGCACUCCCAACAUUCAGCUGAAUUAAAACUACUCAGUUACAUGAAACUUCCAAUUUGACUAUAUACAUUUUGGUAGAGGUUCCAAAUGAGCAUACGUAGAACAUUAUACAUUAUGCACGUUUUGCAAACGUGUACAUUAGUCACACAUAUGACAUGUGAAAUUAAUUAAGAAUAAAGUUUGUUUCAUUGUUUAAAAGAGAUAUUCAACACUAUUUUUAACUGUGGGAUAUGUUGCACUAAAAAUUGGUAAGUUGGUUGAAAUACUUCCGUUACCUUCUUUGACAUCUGUCACUUUUUAUGGUUAGAAUCCUACAUAGUAGAAGUAAAUCAGCUUUCAGGGAUGUAUUUAUUGCCACAACUAUAGUGACAAAUCAUGUAAUGAAUAAUGAAGUGGUUUCUCAUAAGUUUUUUCUUUCUUCACUUAAAUGUAUAUGUAUGCAUUUAUACAUAAGAAUAAUUGAUUGAGGAGAUUGAUGAGUUGAAAUUAAUUUUUACGUGUUUAUAACACACAUGGCACAUUUUUAUUGAGAAUGAUUCUAUGUAAGUCAUUAAACCUUUGCUACAGUCCAUAGCCUUGUUCUUUGAUUGGAAGCAUAUAUAAAAAUUCAGUAGAUAUGAGAAAAUAAAAAUGCAUACAUGAGAAAAUACAAUGAUACUAUAACAGAAAAUGUUAUAUAUAUAUAAACAAUAUCUAUCCUGUAGUAGCAACUGCAGACAUUUGUUGACUAAUUUGCCCACUGACCUGUAUGUGACAGAUGACUCUUUAAUUCAUGCCAGCCUAUACUUUUUUAAAAAGCAUUGUUAUUUUAAAAUCUUCAAUAAUAAAGGCAAUUUAUUCA